CAAUAAUGAAAAGGCACUUAUCUAAUGGAAGAAUGAAAUCUGAUGCCGACUUAUUUAAAUAAGCAGUAGAAGAGGUAGAGAGAAAAAGACCUGGAUCAGGACAACCUAUGUCAACAGUCAAAUCACCUUUACCUCCCAGAAAGCCACUUUUUUCUGGCACUUAAAAAUAAAGAUUGAUAAUCAAUGCGAAUAAUAUUGAGCAAUAAAAUCAAGAAUAGAAGUUAAGUAAAACUAGUCAGCAUUCAUCCAAAGCAUCGUUAAACCUCACAUAGAAUUAAUAAUCGUUGCAACAAAUUGUAACAAUCAUUUAGAUUUACUUAUUUAGAAAAGUCCUCAAAAAUAAUCUAAACCUCCAAUCCACAUUGAUAAAAAGAUCAUAAUUGCAAGAUAGGAAUAAUUUGGAAGUUCUGGGAGACCUACAAUAAGUGGAGAAUUACAAUCGAGAAAUAGCAGCAAAUAAAAAGUAUCGAGUGCAGGAACGAACACCAAAUAAUUUACUUGGGCUGAGGCUAUUGAAUAACCAUAACAGUCAAGGGACUCUUCUUUAAAUGUAAUUUUUAUAUUAUAGCAAGAAAAGAAGGGUAUUGUCUAGAGAGAAAUUAAAAGCACUUCCCGGAUAGUAUUAAAUCCAUUAACACUAAUAAAUCACUUAAUCCUGUAGACCAGAACAAGUUUAAUGUCAUGAUUUUGAAUAGAAAUUGACGAAAUCAGUUGAAAAUAAGCAACCAUUGUGUUAUACUGAUUUUAGUAUGACUUCUGGAAGGAAUGAUUUAGCAAAAGCCUUUGCUUCUAUUCAAAUGGAAAUAAAAUAAGCUUCAUAAGAAGCUAAAUAAAACUCAGUAAUUUCAUACAUGAAUGGUAAUAGUUCAACAUAUUUCUUGCAUAGCCAUACCAGAAUAGGAGGAUGAUGGAUGUUCGUCAUUGGCAUAGAGUACUCUUUAUUAAUUUUGA